CGUUAAUCUCACACUUUGUGAAUGAAAAGGAACACCAAAUGGUGAGUAGUGGGCUAGACUUAAAACUCACAAAUUAUUAUUGACAAAAAAAAACUUACAAAUAGUAGAAUUUAAAGUUUGAAAGAUUUGAGUAGCUACAGGUACCAACAUUUACAACUGCAAUCCCUUCCGUCCAGACCCCAUAAGCAAAUCAAAACUUUUUUUUCCUUCAAUUGGAAAGCGUUAGAUGACAAGAACUGAAAACAAAAUGUGAAUUCAAUUUCAGAGGACAGAGCAUAAGACAAUUGCAUCUUGCUGCAUGGCCCAUUUCACUUUCUUCCAACCCAGGUAAUGAACAUUGAUUCCUGCAAAACUGUUGUCUCUUCUUUGUAUUUGAAAACACUAAAAACUCAACUUGUGUUGUUGGUUUCUUGAUUUUGAACUGAGAAAAGGUGUGAAAUUUCCAAUCUUUAAAUGGGAUGAAUAAAGACAGUGAUGUUGAAGAUCUCGAGUUAGUGUUUAUUUGUAUUGUUUUGCUCAAGGCUGUCUUUUUUUUGCUGAUAGAGAUAUAAAGACUCAAACUUUUUGUUUGAAUUUUGGAUGGAUUUAAUCUCAAAUCAGCAUCUCUCUUGUUUGACCUUUUCCCCAAUUUUCUGGUUUUGUCCGUAUUGAAUUUUAUUUAUUUUCUAUUAAAAAAAAGCUUUCUAAUAUUAGCACUUCACCUUUCUGGGUAUGUGAGUUGAGCUUGUUUUUAUUGCUGUUCCUUCUCCUAUAAGGAUUUUAGUUGGGUUUUAUAUUGUUACACAUGGAAAAUGUUUGUUUAAGGCAAAAUAGAGUGAGAAAGUAGAGUUGGAGUGAGCCUAUUGGGUGUUCUUUCUCUCUCCUUCUCUGUUGCAGAGCCCAUUGGGAAUUUUAAAUUGUCUACUACUUCAUUAUCCGCAUAUACAUACUGCUGGUGGAAAGAGGUUGAACACAAAUCAGAAUGUUAGUGAGAGAAGCAUAAUGAUUGAGGAUGAAAGUAUACUAGUAGUUUGAGAUGCAGCUGUAUUUGUUCUUUGGAGAAUAGAUAGCUAGAUAACUAAGUUUGGUGUUGUAUUGCUGUGUCUGUGCUCGAAUAUUCUUGGAUUGCACAUCAUUCAUGGCGCCAGGGAGUAGUGCCUUCAAAGAGGUUGUCGAAUCACAUCCAAAACAGAUGAAUCAUAAAACGUCGAAGAUGAAGGCAGAGAGUGGUACUGUAAAGACUAGUAUGUCACUGGCAGAGAAACACAGCAUACAUGGUGUUCAUGAGCUUCUUCAGUGCCCGACUUGUGCAGAUUCGAUGUAUCCUCCUAUCCAUCAGUGCCCAAAUGGACACACAUUGUGUGCAAACUGCAAAAGAAUGCAUAACUGCUGCCCAACUUGCCGUUUCGAGCUAGGGAACAUAAGGUGUUUAGCUUUGGAGAAAGUGGCUGAAUCUAUGGAACUUCCCUGCCGAUAUCAGAGCUUAGGCUGUCAAGAUUUAUUUCCAUAUUAUGACAAGGCCAAGCAUGAGAAACAUUGCCCGUUCCGACCAUACACAUGUCCUUAUGCUAGUUCCGAGUGUUGUGUAACUGGCGACAUUCCAUUUCUCGUGGCUCACUUGAAGGAGGAUCACUCCGUUGAUAUGCACGAUGGAUGCACUUUCAACCACAGAUAUGUCAAGUCGAAUCCCCAUGAAGUCGAAAAUGCUACGUGGAUGCUAACUGUUUUCAACUGUUUUGGAAGACAGUUCUGCUUACACUUUGAGGCUUUCUCGCUCGGAACAGCACCUGCCUACAUGGCCUUCGUGCGUUUCAUGGGGGAGGACAGCGAUGCCAGGAAGUUCAACUACACUCUGGAAGUCGGGGCAUUUGGGCGUAAGCUCGUGUGGCAAGGAGUUCCAAGAAGCAUCCGCGACAGCCACAGGAAAGUACGCGACAGCCAAGACGGGCUGAUCAUUCCGAGGAGCUUAGCACUCUACUUCUCUGCCGGCAGUGGUCAGGAGCUUAAGCUGAGGGUCACCGGUCGGAUUUGGAAAGUGUGAGGCUAUCGAAUAUCGAUCAUUUGUACAGUUUGUGUGACGUCUGCGCCUCCCAGAUCUUACAAGGCCAUAUAGCAGCACCAACCUUUGAUGCUUGAUUACAUGUUGUUGUUGUAUCAUGAAAAUCUUUUUUGUUGGCCCUUUGGAUCUAUGAGGAUGCUUGCAUAUUUUAUAUUUCCUUUUGGAUGCAGAAAAUGGAUCUUCUUGAAAUGGAGCCUUUUUUGUUUA